UCCUCUUGCUUUGUUGAUGUUUCACUUUGUUUUAAUUCCCGGCUCCCAAGAUGGAGGCGGCGCUGGGGCCACGCGAGUUCCUUUGCCUGAUCCCGGGAUUCCUUCUCCUGAUGCCCUCCUGUCUGGCCGGCCCGGGGCCUACAGCCGAUUUCUCCCAGCUCGUUAGCCAGGAAAGUAUCAAGAUUAAAGUCACUAUGUUGGAAAACAAUGGGGAUGUUCAGGAAGGACAGGUUGUUCUUAAUAUCACCUAUGUGAACAGUCAGGUGUAUGUAAAUGACUUUCCGCUGAAGAGUGGAGUUGCCCGGAUAAAGUGUCAGACUUUAAUUUUGGAGAAUAGGAACUCAGACACCCUACAGGAUGAGAAGCGAUUCGGAAUUGUCAGUGUUCGCAUUAUGGUCCAUGAGUGGCCAAUGGCAUCUAGCUCCAACUUACAUUUGAUUGUUGUUCAGGAGGAAGUGACAGAAAUUGAUGGAAAGCAGGUUCAUCAAGACGAAGUGACUGAAAUAGACAUCUUGGUAAAGGACUCAAGAGUCCUUAGGCACUCAAAUUACACUGUUCCUUUGAAGGAAAGCAUGCUGUAUUCCAUCCCCAGAGACAACGAUAUCUUAUUCACACUUCCGAACAUUGCAGGAAAAGAUAUUGAAAGUCCACUACAAACAACCAGUCACUACCUUCUCAGACAAGUAGAAACUACAGUGGAUGAAGAAACAAUGCCUGGCAAGUUGCCAGAGACUCCUCUCAGAACAGAGCCUCCAUCCUCUUAUAAGGUGAUGUGUCAGUGGGUGGAAGACUUGAGAAAAGAGCUCUGCAGGUUCUGGCUCCAGUCCUUUCCAGUGUUCUUCAGUUUCAUGGAGGUCAUUGUGGUUGGAGUAAUUGGGGCAGCUCUAAUCAUAAAAGUCUUAAAAGUGUUUUGCCCCUCAUGUGAACCUAGGGGAGUCCUUCAGCUUGAUGUCAAUAUCAUACCUGUGGUUGCGAUCAGUUUACUUCCAGAUAUUCAAGAGAAGACAGAUUAUAUAGAAGGAAAAUGUAUUUAAACACGUUUACCAUAAUUGUAUGAAUUUGUUGAUAUUUGGUACUUGAUUCUCAAUUCUUAAUAUAUUGUGUACCAUUUCCUAUUCAGCCUAUGAACUAUCAAUGUUUUAAAGGACACUUAAGGUUAAGGCCUAAGAGUUCAUCUUGUUUCUCUUCAUUGCAACCACACUAAAACAUUGACAAAAGAAAAAAAAGUAGCAGUUUCCUUACAUAAGGACUUGUAAGUUCUAACUUCUAUGAAGUAAUUUCCCCAUCUCCUCAUAUAGCUGUAGUUAUCUUCACUACACUGGUUGCAUGAACCUGCCAUGCUAAUCUAAAUAACUGCUACUUUGAAAUAUCCUGAGAGAUUUCAAUAAGAAAUGUUUCCAUGUAAGCAUGAUUAAGAUUGCAACCUUAAGCUCCACAGAGCAAUGAAAAUAUAAGUGAUUAGUCCCCAGCAACAUGGAACAGCAUGGACAGGAUUAUACACACCCAUGACAAAAAGAAAGCUACUUUAGGCCUACUGUCCUUAAGUGUGCCUUAUGGGAGAGGUCAAGGAGGAAGAGAACUUUCAUACUGCUCUUAAAACAAAUGCAGUAUUGGUGCAGUGCUUUUUUUGGUGCACAAAAGGCAAUCUGACAUUACAAGCACUUUAUUCAGUCAUUUAAGAUAAGGCCUCUCCCCACUAAAAGUUCUGUUUUGUAAAACUGUGCUUCUCAAAGUUGCAGUACAGUAUAAACGUCUCUUACCCAAGAGGACAAAAUGUCUUUAAGAUGCUGAUUUAUUAAGAGCCGUUUUGCAUACAUAUUUGUAUGAUCAUAACUUUACAAUAAAUCUUUACCUGUUGAGAGAAA